UUGGUGACCUCCGCUCCGCGCUGGACGGUGUCGGCAUGUCGGUCCAGACCAGGGCAUUCAUGGAUAUCCACGAACCGUCCGAUUGAGAUCUGACGGCCUUGAAACGAAUGGGAAUAGAUGCUCCACCAAGACGUUCACGAAGGAGAUUAUGCUCCUAACACACGGUCCCUCCACUCAUCACUGAGCUUGGAAAAGAUACAACGAGGGUCCAGAGGAGGAGCGGAGCAGAAGGGCAAAUCAGUGAAGCAAAGCAAACUAGCAAUGGGAUUCACCAUGGGACUGAACCUCCUGCUGCUUCUGGCUAUGGUGGCCACCAACAUUCUCUCUCUUUACCACCUCUCCUCCUCGCUGCAAAAACCUCCUUCUCCUCCCCCGCCCGUUCCCGACCACCUCCUCCACCAGCUCCACACCAUACGUGCCACCAUUAACCACCUCACGCGCAUCCGCCCCAACGCCGCCCCAACAAUCCCCGCAGCACCGGCCGCCGCCGUACCCUCUGAUCUCCUCCUCCACGCUCAUAUCUCCCCCAUCGCCUCCUCCUGCCGCCACCACUCUCAGCUCCUCCACCGCUACAUGAAUUACACUCCCUUCUCUCCCUGCCCCUACGACGCCGACUUGGCCGAAGCCCUCAUUCUUCGCGGAUGCCACCCGCUCCCUCGCCGCCGAUGUUUCUCCAAAACCCCGCCAAAACCCCCUUCUUCUCUUCCCUCAAACCCCUUCCCUUCUUCGCUUCCCGAUUCUGCUGUUGACUGGGAUAAGUACUCUUGCAAGAGCUUCGCGUGUCUCAAUCGUUUCAACGAGAACUUGGGUUUUGAUUCUAACCUCGAAGUUUCAAAAUUCAUGUAUUAUAAGUCAGAUCUGGAUCUCCCAAUUCCCCAAUUGCUGGAACUCGCGAGGUCCUCCCGUUCCAUUCUUCGCCUUGGGCUGGAUAUUGGGGGUGGUUCGGGUACUUUUGCGGCGAGAAUGAAGAUGUAUAAUGUGACUGUCGUGACGACCACGAUGAAUUUGGGUGCGCCAUACAAUGAGGCAGCGGCGGCGAGGGGGUUAGUUCCACUGCACGUGCCGCUGCAGCAGCGAUUGCCAGUGUUUGACGGGGUGAUGGAUAUUGUUCGGUGUGGGCACGCUGUGAAUCGGUGGAUACCAGUCACGGCCAUGGAGUUCUUGUUUUUUGACGUGGAUAGGGUGUUGAGGGGUGGUGGAUAUUUUUGGUUGGAUCGUUUUUUCUGUAAGAAGGUUGAUCUUGAGAAGGUUUAUGCGCCAUUGAUUUGGAAAUUGGGGUACAAGAAGGUGAAGUGGGCCACGGCAAGUAAGACUGAUUCAAGCGGGGUGAAGAAUGGAGAAGUCUAUUUGACUGCACUUUUGCAGAAGCCUGUGUCCAAAUGAGGGGGCUGAGUUUGAGGUGGCAGACAUAUUUUGUUAUUAUUACAUGGGAUUCAAUGCCUCUCCAAGCAUAUGGGACCAUGCAUGGAAUGCAAAUAGAAGUGUCAAAAGUCACGAUUGGGGUGUGGCAAAGUUGACGUGGUUCUCCGGACAUAUUUAAGUGUUUUUUGUGAGUAAAUCAAUGGACUUUGUGUGAAGGCCUGAAUUAUCGGAUUGUUUUGCUUUGGUUCUGAUGGGUUGCUGGUCGGCUGUUCUGCAGGUAUUGCUUUCAGACCUGAGCCAUUUUAACAGAACAGGGCAAUUACCAUUCUGUGCAAGACAAGAUUUCCUUCUGCACAACUUGAAGGAUAACACUUCACAGAUGUGGAUCGGGCUAUGGGCUUUUAGCAUGAUGUAGAAUAGGUGAAAGACUCGGCAAAGGACAAAAGUAAUAUGGGCAAGGAAGGCAGGGUGCAAAAUCACAGAAACAUUGUUGUAGGUGAUGGGCUUCUGUUGGCAUUUUUUUUUUUUUUUUUUUGCUUUAUUAAAUUAUAUGAUUAAUUAUUUUAUUUUAUUUUCUUUUAUUUGA